AUGUCGACUGCUCCCUCUAAGCGUAAGACCCGAGAUGGGUCUGAAGAUGCAGCUCCAGCUCGCAAGAAGACAAACCGCAAAGCAGACAAAGCAGACCAGCAACCUCAAUUCGUGGAUUUCGGCAACGGAGGUGAUGAAAAGAAGUCCAAGCCAGCACGCAAAUACAAGGACAAGUUCGCUCCUCGCCCGGAAAAGGAAUACCCCUCGAUCAACGACCUCAAAAAGCGCAUUCGUGAUGUGAAGCGACUGCUCAACAAGCAAGACCUCUCUGCCGAUGCUCGCAUCUUGCAGGAACGUGCGCUUGCCGGAUAUGAAAAUGACCUUGAAGAGGAAACGAAGCGCCGUGAAAGAUCAGCGCUGAUCUCGAAAUACCACUUUGUUCGCUUCUUGGACCGCAAAGCCGCAACCAAAGAACUAUCCCGCCUCACCCGUCGUCAGAAAGCAGAAGACGUGGACCCGAAAGAAAAAGCUCGUCUUGAGAAGAAAAUCAAGAAUUGCCAAGUCAACCUCAACUACACAAUCUACUACCCUCUCACCGAAAAGUACCUCUCAAUCUACCCCAAGUCCAACGGGAAAGCCGAGAAGGCAGGCUCAGGAUCGGAGGGCGAGGCCUCAAAGAAGGAGACCGAGGCGAAACAAGCCAAACCCCCACUAUGGGCCGUUGUUGUGAAGUGCAUGGAGGAUGAGACCCUGGACCUCCUCCGCGAAGGAAAGUUGAACAUCAAUUUCAACGGCGAGAAGAUCCCAGAAAUCUCCAGCAAAGCUCCUACCAAAGAUACCAAUGAAAAGAGCAAAAAGAAGGAGCACCAGAAAGAUUCUAAGUCUGGUGCUCAAAAGGACAAGUCGGCUAAACGUGACAAGCACGGUGGCAAGAACGACAAGUCGGCACGCAAGGCAGACUCCAAGCAUGCUGCACCACAGCCCACCGUGGAUGAGGAUGACGAGAGCGAUGGUGGAUUCUUCGAGUAA